AUGGCCAGUCAUCAACUAAAUUCUCUGCAGAGGAAAGGAGCAUCAGGCCCUCCGCCGCAGACACCGCGGCGAGGACGUCCCAAGCUGAAAUCUGGAGGCUCCGGGGAUGAGACCGAAAGCAGCAGCCCAAAGCCCCUGCGGGACGGGAACCGCCGCGAUCAGGGUGGGGGUACCCGGGAGUCAGCUGCCGCGGGCGCUCGGCCGGCUCCUUCCGGGCUGGCAGGCUGGCGGCGCGGGCCGGGGCGGGGCGCGCGGCGCGUGGGCGGCCGGGACCGGGCGAGCCCAGAGGCGGGGCGCCCCCUGCCCCGAAACCGCCGCAGGCACGGGCAGAGGCGGGGUUUGGUGGGCCGAGCUCCCGGCCCGCUCCCCGAUGGGCCGCCCCGCACGGCGCUCGGGACUGAGCUCUGCUGCCCGGCUGCUCGGUGCGGGUCCUUGAGCGGCCGCUGGGGGGCGCGCGGGACGCACAUCCAGGGCAGAGCAGGAAGAGCAGGCGCGGGUCACGGUGGGACCGGUCGGACCGGCGCCGCAGGGCUUGGCUUGGCGUCCUCCACGCUGACCGGGCUCUGCUUGGGGGCGAGGAGCCGGCGCCGGGGUCGCAGCCGUGUAGUAGCUGCUGACCUGUGCCCGAAGUCACACCGAUUGCGAAUAGGGGUCGGGCAGGCUAGAGUACUGCGGGCUGGACCGGCCUUAAGACGCCGCGAAGCCGAAAAACAACGGGAACCUGACUUUGGAUGGCUCCUGGCAACCCUGGGUACUGAGGAUGGGUGCCUGUCACGCAUGAACUUUCAGAAGCCCAGAAAAAAGAAAAGGUGCAGUCUGUUGCAUGAAGCCCCAGAACCUCCUGCAAGUGGAAUUGGACUCUGCUGCGUGCCGGCUCUGCGACCCUCGGAACUCUUGAUGUCCAAGUUCCUGAAUGGGCCCUGUUCUCACCUGCCUGCUCAAGUGUCCUCUACGAAACAGACUGGGCAUGCGAGAGGUGUCCUUGGCUCUCACCAUCAGGUCUAAGGAGAGAGGUGUCCUAGGCUCACCAUCAGGUCUAAGGAGAGAGGUGUCCUAGGCUCUCACCAUCAGGUCUAAGGAGAGAGGUGUCCUAGGCUCACCAUCAGGUCUAAGGAGAGAGGUGUCCUUGGCUCUCACCAUCAGGUCUAAGGACAGAGGUGUCCUUGGCUCACCAUCAGGCCUAUGGAGACAGGAGCUCCCAUUUAUUCCCUCACGUCUCCCUCCUCUGCAUUUCUGUCCCUCCCCAUGCAUGAGAGUUCACUGGAAAAAGGAGAAGUUAAUCCUUGAAUGGCCCUGGGCCUUGAUUUUUUUUUAAAUAUAACUUUGAGUAGUCUUUGGGAAUUUCACUUCGUGCACCCAAUCCCACUCACUUCCCAGUUCUUCCAUGGUCUGCCUGUCACCCUUGUAUCCCCCCUCCCAUUUUCUUAUCUGUAAAAAUGGGACCUAAAAGAACCCCCUCCCCAUAGCACUGGGUUUGUGGAUACAAGGAUGCUUCACAAAAGGAGUCCAUGGACCAGAAAGCAUAGUAGGUACCAGGGCAGGGUUUGGGGAGUGGAGGGCAGCUGCCAAUGUGCAGAGUUUCUUUUCGCAGGGAUUUUUUUUUCUGGCUAGUUUUAUGUCAAACUCGACACAAGUUAGAGUUAUCUGAAAGGAGGGAAGGAAACUCAGUUGAGAAAUGCUUCCAUAGGAUCCAAAUGUAAGGAAUUUUCUUAAUUGGUGAUUGAUGGGGAAGGGCUCAGCCCAUUUUGGGUGGUGGUCCUGAGUGCUAUAGAAAACAGGCUGCACAAGUCAGUAAGCAGCACCCCUCCAUGGUCUUUGCAGCAGGCUCCUGCCUCCAGGUCCCUGUCCUGACUUCCUUUUGUGAUGGACUAUGAUGUGGAAGUGUAAACCAAAUAAACCCAUUCCUCCCCAGCUUGAUUUUGGCCAUGGUGUUUCAUUGCAGCGAUAGUAACCCUAACUAAGACAGAAAGCUCUGGACUUAAGGUGAUGGCUGUAGAAUUUCCUGGAGACUAAAACCCCUGAAUUAUGUUUUGUGAGGAUGAAGGUUA